AUGCCGUUUUCGGACCGCAACCAUUGUUUUGGGAAGUCUAUUAUUAAGGUUUCUAUGUCAUUUCCUCUGUUGUUAUUUCUGCAUUUGCCACCUCCCUGCUCGGUCAAACUGAUAUUACAGCAUUUUGCCACUUGCCUUCUAAGUAGGCUGGCUGUGGAUAUCAGCACUACAGCCACUGGUUCCCCGGCUUUUAUCGAUGAGAUUUAUCCUUCCAACAUCUGUAGGUUUUGUACCUUCAUAACUCUUUCCAAACUUGUUUCUCUUUCUUUCAACUUCAAACAAACUAUUUUCCUCUCGUUUUGUUCUCCUAGUUCUAGUUGUGCUUCUAAUCCCGCCACUGCUUCUAGCCGAGCACUCGAGUUGUUAAACAGCACAAAGAAGUCUCGGGCUCAAUUCAAUGUGGAUGAUCUUGUAUCUGAUCUAGGAAAACGCCCCCUAUCGAGUCAUAUGAUCCUAAUAUUAGAGAUGAUGUUAAGAUGGCAUAUUUGGAAAAAAGGUCCUUGUCAACCACAUGGACAUGACUUUCCAAGAAGACAGAUGGGAAAUGAUAAUAGGUGUUUUCGAAAAGAAUGGUUUUCUGAAUUUUAUUGGUUGGAGUACAGUAUACAAAAUGAUGCGGCUUAUUGUUUGCAUUGCUACUUGUUCAAACCUGAUAAGGGGGGUCAAGGGGGUGGACAUAUAUUCACUAAGACCGGCUUUAGGGAUUGGAAGCACAAGAAUACAUUGAAAGAUCAUGUCAAGCUCAUUGAUAGUGCUCAUAAUCAAGCUUUUGCAAAGUGUACCAAUUUGAUGAAUCAAAAGCAAAGAUUGCCAUCUCGUGGUCAUGAUGAAUCAAAAGAGUCUUUUAAUAAAGGAAAUCUAAUUGAGCUACUAAAUUGGUAUGCAGCUCGUCGUAAGAAAAUUAAUGAAGUACUAUUUAGUAAUGCUCCUGGAAAUGAUCAAAUGACUUCACCAAGCAUCCAUAAGGAUUUGGUUAGUUGUUGUGCUGUAGAGACGACAAGGUCUAUGAUCAAUGAGAUGGGUGAUUUUUUGUUUUCAAUUUUGGUUGAUGAGUCUCGUGAUAAUUCUAUAAAAGAACAAAUGACAGUUGUUUUGAGGUUUGUUGACAAAACUGGGCAAGUGAAGGAGCGUUUGUUGGGCAUUUCCCACAUCGCUGAUACUUGUGCCCAAUCAUUAAAGGAUGCCAUUGAUGCAAUGUUUUCUACACAUGGCUUGAGCAUAUCUAGCCUGAGAGGUCAAGGUUACGAUGGAGCAAGCAAUAUGUCAUGUGAGUUCAAUAGUUUAAAAGCUUUAAUUUUAAGAGAGAACCCUUGUGCUAUGUAUGUUCAUUACUUUGCUCACCAACUUCAGUUGGCAGUUGUUUCUGUGGCACCUAGGAAUGUUAUGCUUAGUGAUUUAUUUAACAUGCUUGCUAUUAUUGUGAAUUUGGUUGGUGCAUCAUGUAAACGUAUAGAUGCUCUUCGAACAAGUUAUCAUUCUCAAAUUCUGGAGAGACUUAAUAUUGAGGAACUUUCUGGUGGAAUUUGUCAGUUUCAAGAAAUGAGUUUGUCACGCCUAGGUGAUACUAGAUGGGGCUCACAUCUAAAGACAAUUAUUCGCUUCAUUAGUAUGUUUAAUGCGAUCAUAGAUGUUCCUGAAAAUAUAUCAGAAGACGGCUUAAGUUUAGAGCAAAAAUCAAUGGCCGUAAGACAGAUGGACACUAUGCAAGAUUUUAAAUUUGUGUUCAGUCUCCAUUUUAUGUUUGAAAUUCUUACAAUUACAGAUGACCUUUCACAAGCCUUACAGAAAAAGGAUCAGGAUAUUCAGAAUGCUAUGAGGUUAUUGAAGUUGUGUAAGUACGCAUUGCAGAACAUGAGAAAAUAUGGUUGGGAUACUUUGUUGAGUAAGGUAAUUGAAUUUUGUGUUGAUAGACAUAUUUCAGUGCCCAAUAUGGAUGAUAUUGUAGCAUUGAAAGAUUCAAUCCUGCAAGAGUUGCAUGAUCGUUUUCCAAGAACAACUACUGAGCUUUUUACUUUCAUUUCGUGUUUAAGUCCAGGAGAUUCAUUUGCAGCUUUUGAUGUAUGUAAAUUGGUACGACUUGCUCAGUUAUAUCCUUUGGAUUUCAAUAGUGAAGAGCUUUUAUUACUUAGACCUCAACUUGACAAGUUUCUUAUGCUCGUGAGAAUGGAUGAAGCUUUUUUCAACCUCAAAAGUAUAUCUUGUGCAGCUCAAAAGUUGGUUGAAAUUGGAAGUUCUUGUUAUUUUUCACUGGUUUAUAGGCUGAUCACAUUGGUUUUGAUAUUACCUGUAGCAACUGCAAGUGUUGAAAGGGUAUUCUCUACUAUGAAUCUAAUUAAGAAUGAUUUGCUCAGCAAAAUGGGAGAUGAAUUGUUGAAUGUUCGAAUCCCUCCUCGCCCACAACCGGCCCAAAACAAAAGGGAAGUACCUUUCCCUUUGGGGCUCCCAGCAGAAGAAAGUAAGGCUGAAAAACCAUCUCAUGUUCUCCAGCUCCAAGUCCGCUUGAAAAUUAGUCUAGUCGAACAAGGCCCAACAUCACGGAGUUGUGAUGUUGCCACCGGUUAUUGUGAAAUAGUUGUGAUGUCGCCAGUAAAAUACAAGUAUCUUGGUGAUUGUCAUGUUGCUAUUUCAGUAGGAAUUGUUUCGGGUGACUUAGUAUUGAACAUUUUUAUUGGUUUUGUGUUUUACCUUUAUGAAUUUCUACCCACAUUGACCAAUCUGUUUACUGAUGCAGAAGAAAUUAUGGAUGAUGUGCAAGACGAUUGUGAUGAUAUUUUGGUUGAAUCUGAUAAUGCGAAUGCAAACACAAUGUGA